UGUCCUCUCUUCUCUCCCUAGCUCCUCCUCCCUCCUUUCUACCUCGCUCCUGCCCCCUGGCUUCCCUCGCAUCUCUCGCAAAACCCGGGACGGAUCACGGGCCCGGGCCCGGCCUCCGCGCAGGCGCAGGAGCAGCGCCGGCUCGGCCGCUAGUCGGAAGCGCCAGCCCCGAGCCGGGGAAGUGGCCGCAGAGGCUGCUCGGUCCCGCUGCCCGCCAGGUCGUGGGCUCCCGCUCCGGGCCCGGGGCCACCGGCUGUGGACUUCAAAAUGAGCGUCCCUGACUACAUGCAGUGUGCUGAGGACCACCAGACGCUGCUCGUGGUGGUCCAGCCUGUGGGCAUCGUCUCCGAGGAGAACUUCUUCAGGAUCUAUAAGAGGAUUUGCUCUGUGAGUCAGAUCAGCGUGCGGGACUCCCAGCGAGUCCUCUACAUCCGCUACAGACACCACUAUCCACCUGAGAACAACGAGUGGGGCGACUUCCAGACCCACCGCAAAGUCGUGGGCCUCAUCACCAUCACAGACUGCUUCUCGGCCAAAGACUGGCCGCAGACCUUCGAGAAGUUCCACGUGCAGAAGGAGAUCUAUGGCUCCACGCUGUAUGACUCCCGGCUCUUUGUCUUCGGGCUGCAGGGGGAGAUCGUGGAGCAGCCGCGCACCGACGUGGCCUUCUACCCCAACUACGAGGACUGCCAGACAGUGGAGAAGAGAAUCGAGGACUUCAUCGAGUCACUGUUCAUUGUGCUGGAGUCCAAGCGUCUGGACAGAGCCACAGACAAGUCCGGGGAUAAGAUCCCCCUUCUCUGUGUCCCGUUUGAGAAAAAGGAUUUUGUAGGACUGGACACAGACAGCAGACAUUACAAGAAGCGGUGCCAAGGCCGCAUGCGGAAGCACGUGGGGGACCUGUGCCUGCAGGCGGGGAUGCUGCAGGAUUCCCUGGUACAUUACCACAUGUCAGUGGAGCUGCUGCGUUCCGUGAAUGACUUUCUGUGGCUUGGAGCUGCCCUGGAAGGAUUGUGUUCAGCUUCUGUCAUCUAUCACUAUCCUGGUGGAACUGGUGGGAAGAGUGGAGCUCGGAGGUUCCAGGGCAGCACACUUCCUGCUGAAGCAGCCAACAGACACCGGCCAGGUGCCCUCACCACCAAUGGCAUCAAUCCUGACACCAGUACUGAGAUCGGACGUGCUAAGAACUGCCUUAGCCCUGAAGACAUAAUUGACAAGUAUAAAGAGGCAAUUUCCUAUUACAGCAAGUAUAAGAAUGCAGGAGUGAUUGAGUUGGAAGCAUGCAUCAAGGCCGUACGUGUCCUUGCAAUUCAGAAACGGAGCAUGGAAGCGUCAGAAUUUCUUCAGAAUGCAGUUUACAUUAACCUUCGACAGCUUUCUGAGGAGGAGAAAAUUCAGCGCUACAGUGUCCUCUCCGAGCUCUACGAGCUGAUCGGCUUCCAUCGCAAGUCUGCGUUCUUCAAGCGCGUGGCCGCUAUGCAGUGCGUGGCCCCGAGCAUCGCAGAGCCUGGGUGGAGAGCCUGCUACAAACUCCUCCUGGAAACGCUCCCCGGCUACAGUCUGUCACUGGAUCCCAAGGAUUUCAGCAGAGGCACGCAUAGAGGCUGGGCUGCGGUCCAGAUGCGUUUGCUCCAUGAACUGGUCUACGCCUCCCGAAGGAUGGGGAACCCAGCCCUCUCUGUCAGACACCUGUCCUUCCUUCUACAGACCAUGCUGGACUUCUUGUCGGAUCAGGAAAAGAAAGAUGUGACCCAAAGCCUAGAGAACUAUACGUCCAAGUGUCCUGGGACCAUGGAACCCAUCGCCCUCCCUGGCGGCCUCACCUUGCCGCCGGUACCCUUCACCAAGCUUCCCAUCGUCAGGCAUGUGAAACUGUUGAAUCUCCCUGCCAGCCUCCGGCCACACAAAAUGAAGAGCUUGCUGGGCCAGAACGUGUCGACCAAAAGUCCCUUCAUCUAUUCACCAAUUAUCGCACACAACCGUGGAGAAGAGCGGAACAAGAAAAUAGAUUUCCAGUGGGUUCAAGGAGAUGUGUGUGAAGUUCAGCUGAUGGUGUAUAACCCAAUGCCGUUUGAACUUCGGGUUGAAAACAUGGGGCUGCUCACCAGCGGAGUGGAGUUUGAGUCUCUCCCUGCGGCGCUUUCUCUUCCGGCUGAAUCUGGUCUGUACCCAGUGACGCUCGUCGGGGUCCCGCAGACGACUGGAACGAUCACUGUGAACGGUUACCAUACCACGGUCUUCGGCGUGUUCAGUGACUGUUUGCUGGAUAACCUGCCGGGAAUAAAAACCAGUGGCUCCACAGUCGAAGUCAUUCCCGCUUUGCCGAGACUACAGAUCAGCACCUCUCUGCCCAGAUCUGCACAUUCAUUGCAACCUUCUUCUGGUGAUGAAAUAUCUACUAAUGUAUCUGUCCAGCUUUACAAUGGAGAAAGUCAGCAACUAAUCAUUAAGUUGGAAAAUAUUGGAAUGGAACCACUGGAGAAACUGGAGGUCACCUCGAAAGUUCUCACCACUAAAGAAAAAUUGUAUGGUGACUUCUUGAGCUGGAAGCUGGAAGAAACCCUUGCUCAGUUCCCUUUGCAGCCUGGGAAGGUGGCCACGUUCACCAUCAACAUCAAAGUGAAGCUGGAUUUCUCCUGCCAGGAGAAUCUCCUGCAGGAUCUCAGUGAUGACGGAAUCAGUGUGAGUGGCUUUCCGCUGUCCAGCCCUUUUCGGCAGGUCGUUCGGCCCCGAGUGGAGGGCAAACCUGUGAACCCACCCGAGAGCAACAAAGCAGGUGACUACAGCCACGUGAAGGUGAGUGGGCUUGGCAGGUGGCAUCUGCCACGUGCCGUUCGGGCUUCUGCAAAGCCUUUUCUGAAGCACAGCUUUGAGUCCUUUUCAGAAAGGAAAGGCUGUGUGUAUUUGAAAGCUGGAUUCUCAGUAGUUUUUGUUCUUGGACAAUGUUUUGGAAAGCAGUCACAGUGAAGCUCGAGUGCAUUGUUUGGUGUUGCAAACUCUUAUGUCCUUGGAACACGGAGAUUCCGUGGGCUGAAUUCAGGCGUGCGGUGAUUAAAGCAGAGUCUCUCCUGCUGUUUCCCUAUUCAUUUGGAAAGUUGAUUGAUUGCAUACUUAUCCUUGGUUCGGAUGUUUACCCUGUACAUUUUCCGUAAUCUUUUGGCAACCCGUCCCAGUUGUUAGUUUGGAAGCCCCAAGGAAGCCAAGACAGAUAUGCCGGUAACAAGUGAAUGUGAGUGCAAAACUGCGUGCUGCGGGCUUGUGGGCCAGCGCGAGCAGAGGUAGCUGCUGGCUCCAUGGCGAGGCCCACACGAGUGCUCGGGUUUUUGAGUCUUCAGCAUAUGGGAAGCUCUGGCUGUUUGAGCCGUCCCAGGGACAGUGUGUAGAGCAGGGCCUAAGAGCUGUGACUGGGCCUAAGAGCUGUGACUGGGCUGCAGGUGGCAACGUCACUUUCAGGCAUGCAUAUGUUCAGGACCAGCCUUUGGGAUGCUGUUUACAGUCCUCACGCCAAAUUUAAGAGGGCAGGGACUGGUUAGGAACAUCAGAAUCGCUUGGCGAAGAUACCUGUGAGUCAGUGAUACAAUGGAUUUUGAGGCGUUGGGGCCGGGGCAGCUGUCACUCAACCAAGAGGAGGGGUGGAGGAGCAUGGGUCUGAUGAGGUCAUGGCAAGAGGGAAUAGGCCAGUUCUGGUGGAUGGAGGUCAUGUCAGUGGAUCCAACUUUGAAGAAGCUAGUUUUAGUGGAAGAGUCCUCUCCCCUUUCGAGCUCUGCAGUGAAGAAAGGGGUUGUUGGCAGCGGGGAGUGCCCCGUUCCUGGAGAGCUUCUGUUUGCACAGCAGCUUGGUUACUGUGUUGUUGGGCUCUUGCGUUAGCCAAGGGGACUGGUGUGGGAGAAGCUUCCCAGCAGACGCAGCAGAGGCCCCAGUGUGCAACUGCACAACACAUGCACGGAGCUACCAGGUACAGAAGGUGCCGUCGGGUGGGCUUGAGGCAGGGAGGACUGGGGAGGUGGCUUUCUCCGAGAGCCCCUCGGAUUUCACAUCGCCUCCGGCCUUCCUGCAGCCACAUCCUCACCACCUUCUGACUGCGUGUUCAGGCCCUCUGGCAUCAUUAUGUGUGUGCUGCAGCUCAGGCCCCCACUGUGUGGCUGCACUCUGUCUGCUGUGGAGAGCAGCCACCGUUCUCUUUUCUCCACGUCUACACACAUGCUCCCCUAGAGCUCUCAGAAAGGCUGCUGGAGACAGCGGUGACUUUGGAGUGGGGAGUGUUGAUGGGGGAAGGCUUAUACCACACAGGGGCUCUCUGCUGCCUGCUGCUUUGCACUGAGCUGUUGUCUGGUUGGGGUACAACGGAUCGGUGAUCAGUCGCUGGUUUGGGAGUGAGACAGUCUAUGGUGGGGCAAAGGCUAAGCAGAGCAACGGAGCACCUCCUGAAGCUGCCAACUUUACCUGUGCAUGAGUCAUGCGUUCCCCUUUCUUUGCAUGUCUCAUAAUUUUUUGUGGAAAGCUGGAUCUUUUAGAUAAUGGAUCGUAGCAAGUUCGAGGCUGAGCCCCCUGCCCUCCUCUGUCGCUGCGUCUUGCUGUUCUUCUUGUUUGUCCGUCAGUUUGGAAACUUGCCUUGACUUAUCUUCGUGGAGUCUGUUUUCCUCAGUGUGUGACGUCUCCGCUUUGUUGAUGAUUUUCUCCUUCCUAUUUUUACUGCUAACCUGGAUUCCCAGGGCAUGCCCCAGGUGCCCCGGAGCUUUGUGGGCAGCCAGUAUUUGACUAGAGGUUGUGCUGAAACACGUCAGUUCAGCAGGCCUUCCACCAUUCUCCGAUGGAUCUGCAUGUGCCUUGGGGAUUGCUUUCAAACUUCAGGGCUGUUUCUUUGGUCUGAAUUCACAAGGCCUCACAUUGAGCGAGGACCAGUGGCUCCUGGGGGCCCUCUCUGGUUUGUCCUGAGCGUGUGGGGGCUUGUGCAUGUGCACAGCUGCCCAGGUUUCCAGCGUUGUGGGACCAACAGGCUCAUUUGCGUCCUGCAUAGUAGCAGACCCAUGACAUGGAGACAGCAGGGUUUGCAGCGAAGAAAGAGUUUAAUGACAGCAGGAAGCCACAUGAGGAGGUGGGAGGAGACUCUUGAACCCAUCUCCCUGAAGAAUUUUGGGCUGCGGGUUAUAAGGGGGUCGUGGAGGCUGAGGACCUGAAAAGCUGGGGUCAUUGGUUGUGGUGAGGGGGAUGAAACAUCAGGAUGUGAAAACUGCAUUCUUUGAUGAAUUAAGUCUCCAUGAGGUCCCUCAGACACCUGGCAAAGUGGGGUCCUUCAGGCCAGCUGAUGUCAGUGGUUACAGUGGUGUGCAGGACCUGAAAGAACAUCUCAAAGGGAAAACGUAACGUUUUGUAAUGUUCAAGUGGCUGUCGAUGGAGCUGUUAGGGGAACUAGGGUCUUGGAGCAGGGUCUGUGUGAUUCUGGGGCAAUUUAGGCACCGGCAGCGCUGAGGAAGCAGGUCCGGCAGGCUGCCCUCAUGAUGAACGUGCUGCAGGCUUUUUUAUUUUCCCUUCUCCCCUUCCUUUCUUCCCUGAUUAAUUUUGUAAAGUUUAUGGAAACGGUGUCACUGGGGUAACUAGGGUCUUACCAAAGCCUUCUGUGUUCUUUCAUGCUCUGGCUCUUCCUAUUGAAUUUCUGGCGGGUCUGCUGUUUUACCAUCUCCCACGACUACUUUUGUGACUUUAGGCCAGCUGCAGUGUCACCUUCCCUGCCUGUUUCCUGCUAAAAUCCACUGUUUUUUUUUUUUCUCCUUUU